CUACUUCCGGUUCCAGACGCGCCAAAAAGAAAACACUUGUGUUUUUAUUUCUACAAACCAUUUUCAGCGAGUGAGGAGUGACAUAAACAAAACGGGAUCAGGCUAAAUAACAGAAAAACCUGCAGGUUUUGUCAGGUUGAAGGAUGAUAGGUGGACCAAAGUUCAAGCAUCCACUCUGCUGAAGUUUCCUUGAGCAAGUCACUACAUUUCUACUCGCACCAGGAGGGCACUGCAUUGAAGCUGACCUCCGACCUCGCUUUGGAAGGUGGACGUAUGAUGAAAAAGCUGCCCUGUGGGUGCAAUAAAGGAUCACUUGAAGAUGAAUAAGUGGGGAGACCGACUGAAGAAGGUUGAGCUGCUUGCUCAGUCGUUCCAGCUGAAUCCUCUCUCCGCACAAUACAAACCUCGACUGUGGCCGUGCCAGCCUUCCUCCAUCUGGAAGCUCUUCCCUCGUCAAAGUAUCGCUAUCAGCUGUGCUCAGAGCUGCAAAGAGGCCGUACAUGUUUUUGCACUUGAAAAAGAAAAGACAUCCCUGGGUCAAAGGAUCUUCCUGGUUACCAGUUACAGUGAGCUGUGGCAUUACUACAGGACUUACACACAGUCCUUGAUGCACUGCUAUGAGGUGAUACCAGAGGGCGCUGUUUGUAAACUUUACUUUGACUUGGAGUUCCACAAGCCUUCGAACACGGGAGCUGAUGGGCAAUCUAUGGUGUCUUCACUUAUCCAGUAUGUUUGUGACAGGUUAAUGGAAGUUUAUGGGAUCGAAUGCUCCGCGAAAAAUGUCCUCAAUCUUGACUCCAGCACAGCAGAGAAGUUCAGUCGACAUCUCAUCUUCAAUCUCCAAAAUGCAGCUUUCAAAGACAACAUACAUAUGGGCAGGUUUAUUCAUGCAAUUCUUCAAUCGGUCCUGAGCACACCCACAAGUUGCCUGAAUGUUGGGAUGAAUUCAGUGGCAGAAAACAGUGAAACAAGCAGAACACAAACUGUGUCUGAGGGGACGCCAGCAACGCCAGAAGAGAUGGUUGAGAGUCCACAGGCCAAGAGGCGCAAGCAGGAAGAGAAAGACCUCAGGUUCCUCCAGGUGAAAAACAAAGAUGGCCAACACUGUCUCUUUGUGGAUCUUGGUGUUUACACCAAGAACAGAAAUUUCCGCCUUUACAAGUCAUCGAAAGUGGGAAAGAAUGCUGCGUUCACGGUGGCGGACGACAACAAGUUCACUGACAAACCCGAGAAGGGAAUUUCUGAGGAGGAAAGUGUGUUCUUGGCUUCUUUAGUCUGUAAUAUAAGUUUCACAGGUCAAAGAAUUCUUACGUCAGACAUCCCAGAAACAAAGGAAUCCAAAACCUCGGGAUCUCCUCGCCAGCAGGAAUCAGCCACAGAUCCAGGCUUACUUUCUGGCUACCUGUCAUCGCCUUAUCAAGAAGUGGACAACUUUGUAUUAACUGUGGUUACGAAGGAUGGCGUACAUGGAAGCAUCAGACGAUGGAACUACUUUGCUGCUGAACAACUGGUCGUCUACGACAUCGCAAAAUACCGUUGGUGUGAAAAUGUGAAACGGUUUCAUAAAAGCAACAAUGUCAUGAUUGUUGUGGACCUCAAAGAAGAAGCGUGGUACCAGAAGUGUCACGAUCCUGAAUGCAGGAACUUCAGGUCCUCAAGUUACCCACUGCCGCAGGAGAUCUGCGUCAGCUACAUCAUGACACUGGAUGAGGAAGACCAGGCGUACUUAAUGGACGAUGCAGGCAACAUUGAACUGAGCCAGGCCUCGAACCCGCCCCCACAAAGCAGAGUGUGUCCAGAGGAGGAAUCGGCUGACGUGUGGGGAGACGGACAGGAUGACCAGGACUAUUUAGAGAGCCUGGACGACUUUGAACAAAUCAGCGGAGAUAUCUCCGAUCAGCUUCUGCUCAAAUGUAUGGCAGAGUUUGACUCCAAGUAGAAUGGGAGUUUUAUUUUGUACUCGCCUUUCUUAACGUCCUAUUUAGCAUUUACAAGCAGGGUAAUUGUUUUGUAAACACGCUAUAUAGCAGAUUUAACUCCUGGACACCUAUAAAUUAAAGCUGGUGUAGAGAUGUAACGAGUGAUGAUAUAGUUUUAAUAAA